AUGAAUACAGACACACCAGCCGGCAGAAGAAAUGACACCUCACUGCAAGGCACAGCAACUACCACCACAGCUGUGAGAGAAGCAGAAGAAGGUGUGACAAUGGGAGUGAUGCUCCCGCGGCUCAUUGACACUAUCUCCACCUUCAACCUGGCUUUCUUAACAGUCACAGAGGCCGCUGCUGCAUCACAAAGACAUUUACUCACUAGAAAACAUCAGAAUAAGCCCUCUACUGUUCUUCAAGAAUGA